AACUGUUAGGAGAGAGUCCGGCGGUAGGAGAUAGAGAGGGGGGGAUGGCGACGACCGGCGGCGGAGGUGGGAGUCGGGAAGGGAGCGCGAAGGCGACGGCGGCGGAUCAGAUCUGCCAGGCGGUGCAAUCGACCUCCAAUCUCCUCCACCUCAUGCAGGACUCCUCCCCCUCCCAGGCUCACCUAAUAAAGCUCCCUAAGAAUCUCUUGGCCAAAGCUUCUACUGUCAAGAACACAGGGCAAGUGUUAGAGCAACUUCCUCAGGUCAUUUCAUCUUUGGAUGCUUACUUGGAGGACAGUUUACAGAGGAGACGGGGAAGCUCGAUACUAGUGAAGUUCUCAGUGGAAAUUUUCCCUUUUCUCAAUCAGAUGGCAAGCCUAUUAAUAAUUUUUGAAUGUUUGGGCGCUCCUCAUCUGAAGACUGUAACUCAGUUGCUGUCAAAUAUGGAAACCUCUCAGCUUAGAUCUGCAUUUCCACCCUAUCGACGAGAAGAGAAACAAAAGGAUUCCAAUUCAGAAAAAAGUUGUUAAAACAAUGUAACACCUUUGCAGGUUCUGCACCUGAAAAAAUCAUCCUCUCAUUUUUUUUUAAAAUAUAUUAUUCUACAUAAGAUAACUACACCAUUGUCAAGGACCCUGGAGCUAUUCCAAGGAGUGUGAUAUUCUUGUUUGGAAUUUAUUGUCCCUUCUACUGAA